UGGCAGCACUUUUUCCUGCUUAAUCUUGAGUUGAACGUGUAUUCGUUAUGGCCAUGACAUCAUUUGUUCAACAUUUUAUAGGUUUAGAUAGGCGAUUGUUUGCCGUUAAGAAAUAAGUCCUGCGUUGUUUAGUUGUUUUUUUAAACGUUUUGAGGUUAAGUGUUUAUUAAAUGAAGUAGGUAAUCAAAAAGAUUUUUUAAAAUGAGUGUUAGUAAGGUGACAGAUAUCGAUAAAAAAUUAGACAAUACGGGGAUUUUUAGUUAUUUGUUUAGUGCAAUUAAAAAAGCCUCCGUAGUCGGAAUAGUGUACUUUGCAGGCUAUAUGCAAUGGUCGGUGGGGUGGUUUAUGUGCCCCAUUGUUCUACUAGUGAUAAGAGACCAGUGGAAAAAAUCAAGCGACAGAAGGAGGGCUACUGCUAAAAGUGCUGCCCUGUCCAAUGAAGAAGAUGUGGUUUUAGCUAGAUUAAAUGACUUACCAGCCUGGGUGUUUUUCCCAGAUAUUGAACGAGCUGAAUGGUUAAAUAGAAUUAUCAAGCAAGUGUGGCCCAAUGUGAAUCACUAUGUCAGAGAGAUAGUCAGAGAUUCAAUUCAGCCAAUUUUACGAACGAAUCUAGAAAAAUAUAAGUUAAAUGGUUUUAAAUUUGAACGUAUUAUAUUGGGAACUGUCCCCUUCAGGAUUGGAGGUGUAAAAGUUUAUGAUAAGAAUAUCGAUAGAAACGAAAUUGUUAUGGAUUUGGAUAUAUUCUAUGCUGGAGAUUGCGAUGUAACAUUCUAUUUAUCUGGAAUAAAAGGUGGAAUUCGAGAUUUUCAGUUACAUGGAAUGCUGAGAGUGGUAAUGAAACCUCUUAUUACAUCCAUACCUUUGGUGGGAGGUCUGCAGGUUUUCUUUUUGAAUAACCCAGAUAUCGAUUUUGAUUUGGUUGGUGUAGCUGAUGUUUUGGAUAUGCCUGGGUUAAGCGACAUUUUAAGAAGAAUUGUGGUUGAGACUGUGGCAUCCAUGAUGGUUUUACCCAAUAAAUUCCCUAUAAAAUUAAGCGAUGAAGUCGAUGCUGUCGAGCUAAAGGCGCCUGAACCAGAGGGUGUUUUAAGAGUCCACGUUUUCGAAGCAAAACAUCUGAUGAAAAAGGACAUUAGCGUCCUGGGCAAAGGAAAAUCAGAUCCUUACGCAGUUCUCACUGUGGGAGCCCAGGAAUUCAAAACCAAAGUCAUUGACAACAGUGUGGACCCCAAAUGGGAUUACUGGUGUGAGUUUAAUGUGCUGGAAUCCAAUGGUCAACAACUUUACAUUCAUCUGUGGGACAAAGAUGAUACCGGAGAUGAUGAGUCUCUCGGAAGGGCCACUAUAGAAGUUUCAAAUAUUGUUAAGAAAGGCAGUGACGAUAUGUGGAUAACCUUGGAGCAAGCUAAACAUGGAAUGGUCCACUUAAGAUUUUCUUGGUUAUCAUUGAGUAAAAAUUACUCAGAUCUUAAAACAAUUAUAGCAGAAACUCAAAUGCUGAAAGCCACCAAUCUGCACACGGCCAUUUUAACAGUUUUCGUAGAUUCCUGCAAAAAUUUACCGCAAGCUCGCAUCUCCACGAAACCGGACGCGUACGCAGUUCUGAGGGUAGGCAACAUCACCCAACAAACCGGCGUGCAAAUGAGAACGAUACACCCUGUGUGGGAGCAAGGUUUCACCUUUUUGGUGCCGAAUCCCGAAUCUCACUCCUUGUAUCUGUCCGUUAUGGAUCAAAAAACAAACAGCGAAAUUGGACAGCUGACUUUCAAGAUAAGCAGUCUGGCCCAGAAGGAAAAUUUAGAGAACAAAAAGGAACCCUUUACUUUGCUCAAGUCUGGACCGGAGGCCAAAAUUGUUUGGUCCAUGCAUUUAAGGGUAUUAAAAGCAACCAAAUCAGAAAUACCCAUGUCAGAUCAACCAAGUGCUGAAACUGCAUCUCUAAAACAAGAAAUUGAUCAAAAAUCCACAAAUACUGAUUCAUCAGAUGCUCAAUCAAUUGAAAACAAAAAUGUUGAAGACUUCAUUGAAGAUUCUUCAAUAUCUCAACUUACAGCGACACCUCCAAGUAACAUUUCUGGAGAUGGCCUUUUACAUAGAACACUCAGUAACACAUCUUCUGCUGGAGACGCUGGUUUGGGAAGAAUUCAACUGACGUUGAGAUACAGCGUGCAGAGACAAAGAUUGAUCGUUGUUAUUCAUAAAAUAGCAAAUAUUCCAUGCAAGGACCCAUCAAGCGUACCAGAUCCCUAUGUAAAACUCUAUUUACUACCUGAAAGGGCGAAGGAUAGCAAGAGAAAAACAACGGUUGUUAAAGACAAUUGCAACCCAAUUUUUGAUGAGAGUUUCGAGUAUGUCAUAAACCAAGGAGAACUUUCAAAUAAGCAAUUGGAAGUUACUGUAGGAACUCAGAAGCAAUUGUUUUAUUCUAGUAGUAAUAUUUUGGGGCAGGUUAUUAUUGACUUGGGAAAACUAAACCUCACUCAGCCAUACAACGUUUGGUUCGAUCUUCAACCCGAAGAAUAAGAAAUUACACGACUUUAUACGCCAAAAUGUAUUUUUUUAGAUCUACUUGAAUAUGUGUCAACCAUUGCAUUGCUCCGAUUACUAACAGUUUUAAUAUUUAAUCUAUACAUAUGCGCUUAUACAUGUACUUUGUUUUUCAAAUAUUUUCUAUAAAUAUAUACGUAUUGUUAAAUGAAUCUUAAUGAACAUGUUAUAAUUUUUUUUAUUAUUUUAAUGAGUAAAUGUUUACAAAGUUUCUCUCCUGUUUAUAAAUAUUUUAUGUAAAUGUUUUUUGAGAAUAUAUCUUUGCAUUUUAA